AUGGCAUUGGACGCUUCUGAAGUACUAUAUGGCGAUCGUUCUGUGCACCUGGUUGAGCUCCAGGACUUAUGCUUUGAGCACCCUGUGACCGUCGACGACAAUACGCAAGGUGUAGAAAUUUGUUUCUGGCUUCGUAAGCUUAGCUCCCAACACAGCUCACAGGACGGUGAGUACAUCUAUGCUGAAUUCUCUUGCGCGGCCGGGAGGCCCGAUAGCUCGCAAACACCCCGGAGGAACUUUUGUGGUAAACUUCGCAUCCAGCUUGGCGAUAUCUCCUUAUCUGCGCUGCCAGAGCUUACCCCUUGUGGAAGUGAUUUACAACAGGUACACGUAGACGAGUUUUACAAUGAUCUCGCUAGUGUCGGCUUGCCGUAUUCCGGUACAUUCAAGGGACUGGUUGAAGCUCAAAGGAAGCUCAACUAUGCCGAGUCUGGUGUUCGAAAAGCUCCCAGUAUCUUUAAAGUACACCCAGUGUAUCUGGAUUUGUGUUUCCAGGCCACCUUUGUAGCAUAUGCUGCACCCGGUGAUCGAAGUAUGUGGUCACCAUUCUUACCGCAACACAUCCAAACCGUUAGUGUGAACCCUUUGGCGUGGCAGGAGAGCCGAUUGGGGAGAAAUGAUAUCCAUGUCACUUCCAAUAUCACUGGAACAACGCCGGCUCGCGAGACUCAAUCGGCAACUAUCACUGGCGACAGUAGCGCAUUCAAUCAGGACGGACGCUACACGGAAGUUCAGAUCGAAGGACUCAGAUGCGCCGCCUUGAUGCCGAGCGGGCCAAGUGAUGACACAAUCCUGUACAGCCAGAUCGUCUGGCGGCCGUCCAUCGCAACUGGCCUCGUAUUACCAGCAAACGCUUCUCUUCAACCAGAGGAGCCAGGUCUUACAGAGCUUUGUGAGCGCCUUUCUCUUUAUUACUACAAAAGGCUGCAGCUCGCGAUCUUGGAAGACUGUAUCCCACGGGCGCAUCGACCGCUCUUCAACUAUAUCGCGCACUUGCUGCCCCUGGUUCUUAGCGGGAAACAUCCGACUGCGAAAGCGGAUUGGUUGAACGAUAGCUGGGAGGAUCUCGAGAAACUCACUCAGCGAUAUCUUGCGUCGGUAGAUGUUCAGCUGAUUCAGGCAGUUGGCGAGAAUAUCGUCCAGGUUGUCAAGGGAACCACAACGAUGCUAGAACAUAUGCUCGUUGAUCAGAUGUUGACGCGUCUCUAUAUCCAAGGUAUUGGGUUUGAGAAUGCGAACAAAUUCUUGAGUCACGGCGUCGCCCAAUUAGCGCACCAACACCCGAACAUGCGAAUUCUCGAGAUUGGUGCUGGUACUGGAGGGACAUCCUCGAGCGUACUUGAAGCUCUCGGUGAUGCAUACUCAUCGUAUCAUUUUACGGAUGUUUCUAUGGGUUUCAUUUCCUCAGCCGAGGCCAAGUUUGGCACAAAAGCAAGAGCGAUGGACUUCGGUGUUCUUGACAUCGAACAAGAUAUCAUCGCGCAAGGCUACGCAGAAGGAGGAUAUGAUCUCAUCAUUGCGUCCAAUGUACUGCACGCCACAUGGAAUCUCAGACAUACACUGCGUACAGUCCGCCGCCUACUGCGUUCUGGAGGCUAUCUGGUCCUUCUCGAGACCACUGGGGACUUACUACGUUGUGGCUUUAUCAUGUGUGGGCUACCAGGUUGGUGGCUCGGCCAGAAUGAUGGUCGUGCCUUCAGUCCCACACAAUCUUGUGGACAAUGGGACGCGCAUCUAAAAGCUUCAGGAUUCUCUGGCGCGGAUUUGGUGACGCACGAUAAUGUUGACGAGCAGAUGCACAGUUUCUCAGUCAUAUUUGCUCAAGCGACCGAUGCUACAAUCGAUAGCAUUAGAGCUCCCAUGGCUUCCGUAUACACGUGCGACGAAGUCAUGCUUGUCAUUGGUAAUGCAGGUGGUAACUUAAAAAGUCUUUUACCAGACACAAAAUCAUUCCUUGAAAGCCACAGUAGAAGCGUAGUCACCCUGAACUCGCUCAACAACAUUACUGCGAAGCAUCUCGAACCAACGCCCCACGUACUAUAUCUUGGGGAGCUCGACGCGCCCAUAUUUGCUGACAUGAGCCCUGAGUCCUUGGCUGCAAUACAAAACCUGGUCCAGCACUCCAAAAGCAUACUUUGGGUAACGAAUGGCCGACACGUUGAGAACCCAUAUUCUAACAUGAUGGUCGGCCUCCUACGUUGCAUACAAAACGAGUCAACAAACAUUCAGAUGCAGGUCGUUGACUUUGCAUCCAAGGACGAGAUUACUUCGCACGCGUUGGGAGAAGCAUUCUUACGCUUCAUAAACAUGGCUGCCGCUGCUAACAGCGAUCGACUUUUGACGUUAGAGCCGGAACUAGCGAUCGUUGGCAACAAGAUUCUGAUCCCUAGGGUCCUCCCAAUAUCCGACAUGAACGCCCAAUGGAACUCGUUCCGCCGAGUCAUCCGUCAAGACUCCGUCAGAAGCCGCCAAUCAAGCUUGAAUAACUCAUCUUCUUUCAGUUCCAAGCACGAAACUCUGGAAGUACCCAAGAUCAAGAUAUGUGUCGAGGCAUCAACUACUUUAGCUGUAAGGGUUGGCUCGUCCUGUUUCUUGUUCUUGGUGCUCGGCCAUGUCGUCGCAAGCGGGCAGCGAGUUUUGUCCCUAGUCCCUGCAACAGAAGGGGUACUGGAAGUGCCUUCGAAUUGCGUCAAUCCGCUAGCCUACGACUGCAUCAAAGACGAAAGGCUUCUUUUCCAGAGUCUAUGCUACAUAGUUGCGGAAUCUAUUCUCGAGCGAUGUAUUGGAAAGACCAUCCUGCUCCAUAACUGCGAUUGGCGCCUCGUCGAGGGUAUCCAAGCAGCUACGUCACACAUUCGCCCAUCAAGCAGUAUCCUCACCUCAGCUUUCAUCACAAGCCACCGCCCAAAUCCACCGGAUAUUAUUAUUCAUCCCCGUGCAACAAAAGCACAAAUCAUUGUUGCAUUUCCUGGCGAUCUGGAUUUCCUUGUUGACUUCACGACACCCAACGCAGCUGAGACAACGAGCUCAGAGAAUGUGAUUCAAAGUUUGCAAGACCGGUGUACAGUGAUACGCUCGAACGAAUUUGUUUCUUCGGAGUCUAGAGUCCCAGCACGUUGGGACGCGCACCGCAUUCCAAACCUACUUUGCACAAUGGCCGAGCUGGGUCGUGAUUCGAAUGACCAUCGGUGGAUCCAGGGAGAGAUGGGCGCCGGAUCUGGUUUGACACGUAAAAGCCCACCGAUUCCACAUGAUGCAUUGAUCCAUCGUCUCGACACUACGAGGCUUUUCCGAUCCGAACGCACUUAUCUCCUUUGCGGCUUGACUGGCGAGAUCGGGCAAUCUAUUUGCACUUGGAUGGUUCAAAACGGUGCACGAUAUGUUGUACUCGCGAGUAGGAGCCCAAAUCUUGAUCGCUGUUGGUGCCUGCCGCUGGAACACUUGCGCGCCAAGAUCGUCGUUCUCUCGCUGGACGUAUGCAAUGAAGAAGCUCUCAAUGAGCUAAUCGAGAAGCUGCGAGCCACAAUGCCUCCAAUCGCUGGAGUAGCACAUGGCGCCAUGGUAUUGUCUGAUGCCACUUUUGCGAACAUGACUAUGAAGGAAUUGCAACGAGUGUUGCAUCCCAAGGUAGUCGGCUCAAUUAAUCUCGACCAGGCCUUCAAGCACGAUAAGCUGGACUUCUUCAUCAUGUUCUCUUCUCUGUCCUGUGUCAUUGGCAAUAUUGGCCAAAGCAACUACGCGGCGGCAAACAUGUUCAUGCAACCGAUCGCGAACCAGAGACGAGAGCGAGGACUCUCGGCUUCUGUAAUUGAUCUCGGUAUGAUUGUGGGUGUGGGUUACAUGAACCGAGCAGGACCUGAACGAGUUAAGAUCAUGGCGCGUGACUUCAUGCGGGUAUCCGAAUCGGCACUGCACGACAUAUUUGCACAAGCUAUCAUAGCCGGUGCGCCUGAAUCUGGAUACCCUGCUGAGCUGAUCACCGGUCUAGCUCCUGCUUCGUCAACCGACACGCCAAUGUGGUACAGCAAUCCCAUCUUCUCGCAUCACCGAAACAAAACAUUAGUGUCGAAGGCCCUCAAUAUGGACAAAGCGGCUGUUUCUGUAGCUUCGAUCAAGCUGCAAAUCGAGGCUAAGAGCACACAAGAUGCACUUGAGAUACUGCGCUCCAACCUCUCCACCCAGCUCGCGGAUAUUCUCCAGCUCAAGGCCGCUGCUAUCCAGUUCGAUAAAUCUUUGAUACAACAUGGGGUCGACUCACUGAUGGCAGUGGAAAUCUCUUCGCGGAUAUACAAGCACUUUGAACAUAAGGUUUCAGUGCUGAAAAUACUCAGCGGUCUGUCCGCAGAUGAGAUUGCUUUGCAAGUCCUUGCGUCCGUCAAGUCCCCUGAGACGACCAUUCAAGUAGUUCCCGCCAACAAGAAAGAGUUCGGUCAAUCUCCCAUCGGCAAAAUCGGUGCUUCAAAUGAACUCCCAGCCGUUGAGGGCUCGUCAACAUCCGUCGAAAUUGGUCUGAACCAGUCGACAAGCGCCGACGAAAGUCAAACCCAGUUCUCAUACAACGAUUCGGGGUACAACUCUGAGGGUGAGAGAUCGAGGUCGCGGGCAUCGAAACGUCAAAGAAGUCUGUGGUACACCGCCGCCUCCUUUGACACGCCGACCAUGUACAACUGUACAUGGGUGCAUGAAACCAUGCGCACAGCAUUUAACGUCGAAGACGACACCGGCGAACUUGUUCAAGACAUACGACCAACCCCAAAUCACGAGUGGGUGUGUACUGCCAUCGAGGACGAUUCCGCAUUGGAGAACGCUAUUGCAACGGUCGAGCAUCAGGUGUACGACUUGCAGGGGGGCCGAACGUCUUCUUUCAUGCUCUGCACUUUGUCGGAACAAGUACACUACCUGAUAGUUGGCUAUCACCACAUCAUUCUUGACGGAACUGCGUGGCAGAUUGUCCUGAGAGACGUUUUGAGUAUGUACAGCUCAGGCGAAGUGCUUCCACUCGCCAGGAUGCAAUAUCGCCACUAUGCACUAGAUGGCGAGGAAGAUUCCGAAGAUCAUCGCGCAUUUUGGAAAGCUCAGUUUGCUACAGUUCCUUCCACACUUCCGUUGUUUCCUUUCGCCAAAACAGCUUACCGUUUUCCAAUUCAAACGCCGUCAAUACACACUUUUGAAGAAGCGGCACCCGUGCACAUCACAGAGCAGGUCAAGAUGGCUUGCCGCAAGCUUGGUAUUACGACGAUGCACUUUCAUGUUUCAGUUCUCCAAAUUAUGGUAUCCUUACUUGCAGGCACACGAGAGCUAUGCAUCGGGAUGGGUGACGCGAACCGAAACGACGAACGGUAUGGAGAUGUUGCCGGACUCUUGGCAAGCGUACAUCCAUUGCGACUUGUUCUGGAAGAUGGCGUGUCAUUCGCUCAAGUUGCUGGACAAGCACGAGAUGCAGUCUUGACUGCCAUGGAUCAUGCCCAAGUCUCUUUCGAAACGAUAAUCGACGACAUUGGUGUGGAAAGAAACUCUUCUUUCACCCCUCUCUUCCAAGUCAUGAUCAACUACGUUUCCGGCUUCUCAGAUCGCAUCAAUUUGGAAGGCGCGACCCUAAAACAUCACUAUGCAGCCGAAGCAACACAUGCCCAGGACCUUAUUCUCACAAUCCGAGAUACUAGGGAAGAGAUGAGGUUAUACUUCACUGUUCAGGAGAGUUUGUAUACACGUGGUCAUGCGCAGAUGAUGGCAAAGAUUUACAUCGAUCUUCUAGAUCAUUGUUCCAUUAACGUCGAUGAGCAAGUGAAUGCGCUCGAUCUUCUCAGGCCCGAGUGGAGAGAACAAGGUUUGCGACUGGGUGAAGGCCCGACCAUCCCGUUGCCGAAUCUCGAGUCAUUAGACCGUCUCAUUGCAGACAAAGCCGGCCAAUAUCCCAACAAUAUCGCUGCCAAGGACGACGCAGGCCGUACAAUCAGUUACUCUGGUCUCAUGGAUCGAGUAGGCGAUAUUGCAGCUACUUUGGCGACCUGCGGCACGUCAAGUGGCGUUCCAGUCUGCAUCAUCGGCGAUCACACCAUCGAUGUAUUGUGCGCCGUCAUCGCGGUGUGGAAACUGGGUGCCGUCUAUGUACCCAUCGACGCUGACAAUCCGCAUGAGCGGAUCAAAACCAUGUUGAAGAACUGCAAAGCUACCGUGGCUUUCGUCUCCGGGGAGAAGGCAAUGAGCACUGCAAGAGAGACCAAGAUCAGCGUUAUCAUCACUGCCGAACUGCGAGUUCAUAGCUUGACUGAUGAGUUACCGGUAGCCAUCAUGCCUCCUGAUACUGCCGCGAUCUUCCACACUAGUGGCACCACUGGCGAGCCUAAGGGCGUGAUACUGACCCACGAUAAUCUUCUCACACAGGUAGCAGCAGUCCAGCAACGAUACCCUUCGUCACAACCCCGAGUACUUCAACAGAGCGGUCAUAGCUUCGAUGCUUCUUUGUUCCAGAUACUUGUGUCGCUAUGCACUGGCGGGACCCUUGUCAUGACCGCCCAUCGUCGAGAUCCUGAGAUUAUUACUAAAAUCAUUUGCGAUGAAUCUAUCACGACUACACUCGCCGUACCCUCAGAAUAUCUGAUGUGGUUCCAGUAUGGCAAGGAACUUUCGAAGGCUUCGCAUUGGCAUACGGCAUUCUGCGGCGGAGAUGCGAUGACGAAAAAUGUCAUACGCGGCUUCGCGGCUUUGGAGCUUCGAAACCUACAACUAAUCAAUGCAUACGGCCCCACCGAAGCUUCUAUCACUUGCUCUAUGGGUACGGUGAAUUAUCGUACAAAGGACUCCGAACUUCUCUCAACAGGAUCCGCGCUGCCAAACUACACUCUAUCAGUCGUAGAUGAACAAGGUCGACCUCUUCCGCCUGGAUGGACUGGUGAGGUGUGCAUCCAAGGAAGAGCACUCAGCCCUGGCUACGUUGAUGCAUCGCUUCAGGUUUAUAGCUUCGAGUCGCACAAAUCCUUCGUCAAAGACCUGCAUGAAAGCUACCUGACGGGCGACGUUGGCAGAAUGACCGGAGACGGCAACCUAUUGCUCAUGGGGCGUAUCGUUUCUGAUUCGUAUCAGAAGAUUCACGGUAAUCGCAUCGAGCCUCUGGAGAUAUCGAAGGUUAUACUCCAGGCCUCGGAUGGUGCUAUCGCUGAAUGUGCGGCCAUCAUCAAGAGUGAUGAGAUACCGUUCAUCGUGGCAUACGUCACGUUUGCGAGAGAUCAUAACAUCGAGGCUCAAGAGGAAUACCUUCGUAGACUGAAAGGUAGUCUACCUUUGCCUUCAUAUAUGCUUCCAGCCACUAUCCUCCCCGUAGCUGAGCUGCCGAAGACUAGUAGUGGAAAAGUGGACAACAAGGCUCUACGCUCGCUGUCGUUGUCCAGGCAGCAUUUGACGGAAAUGUCUCAAGAUUGUAUCACUGCAGACGAGGAGAUCGUUGCCGCGAUCUGGAACGAAGUGAUCCCUACACCAUUGCAUUCGCUGUAUAAGUCAUCUUCAGCGGACUUCUUUUCUGUGGGUGGCAACUCUAUACGUUUACUCAAGGUCAUCAGCAAGCUUCGAAAUUUAUCUAACUCCGACUUGACGCUGCCCACCGUUCUCGAAAACCCCACGUUAAGCGGCAUGGCUGCUUUGAUCCGGUCCCCGGAUCCCCCGGAACAAGAUCGGAACGUCAGGAUUGACGAAAUGGAUUGGGGCUGGGAGACAUCACUCUCCAAUUCCAUUCCGAUACACAUUGUUCGGUCGCCAUCGAGCACGAAGAGUAAUACUGGACAUGUGGUGUUGCUCACCGGGGCCACGGGUUUCAUUGGACGCCAUAUUCUCAGCAUUCUAUGCAGUCAUGAUCAAGUGGCUGCCGUUCAUUGUGUUGCUGUACGCUCGUCCGACAGCCUGCAAGACAUCGUUACCACCUAUCCCAAUGUUCAUCUGCAUGCAGGUGACCUGGCUAGUCCGCUCCUUGGCCUCUCUCAAAAAGACUUCUCUGCCUUGGCUGCCAGCAUCACCAUGAUUGUGCAUAACGGUGCUACAGUUUCUUUCCUCCAACCUUACGCUUCUCUCCGUGCAGCGAACGUAACAUCGACCAAAGAGCUCAUUCGUCUAGCAACACCCCGCCGGAUUCCGUUUCACUACAUAUCUACAGCCGGCGUUGCCGAGCUAACAGAUCUGUCGUCGCUGCGCGAGAAGUCAGUAGCGAAAUACAUUCCGCCAGCGGGUGCGAGCGGAUAUACAACAAGUAAAUGGGCAAGUGAAGUGGUUCUGGAGAACGCAUCAGCAUCAUACGAAAUACCGAUUACAGUGCAUCGUCCGAGCAGUGUUGUCGAGGCCGCUGAGACGCCGGAUGAGGUCCUUCCGCUUGAUGCGUUGGGCACUCUGCUGCGAUUUUCGAGGAAACUCAGGGCUGUGCCACUGCUGGAGAAGUGGACAGGUUGUUUUGACAUGGUGCCUGUGGAUCAAGUAGCUCAGCACAUUGUAGAGGAAGCGCUUCUGCCAUCUACUGGCGGCAUUCGAUACAAACAUAUCGCGGGCAGUAAAACGGUUCCGGCGCAGGGCUUGGACAAGUUCGUCGCGACACAAAUGCAAGACCUAGUGGAAGUUGUACCGAUGGAGGACUGGAUCGACCGCGCAAAUGCGCAUGGGUUGAGGGAGGAUUUGAGCGAAUGGUCACUUGCAGUGGCGAGUAAACCAAGAUUCUUGCCUCCUAUUAUGAUGGGGUCAGAUCUGUAG